GGGUUUUAGUAAGGUGGGCCCCCUGUGUGCUGCAGGUGAGAUUUUUUCCAAUAUGGAUAAACGAGUGUUUAGACUGACAUGAGCUAUUAUACAAAGAAGAUUCUACGAUGGAGAAUCACCAGUCUUUCGGAUCACUGGAUUUGCCCAGGGCCAAACAUUCACCUAUAGAAUUUGAAGCUCCUGCAUCAUCUCCAGUCUAUUUGAAACAAGAGACCGUAUUUCAAUAUAAUAAGGAAGAAAAAAUCUCAACAGGCUGUAUGCCACAGACGGAAAUCUGUGUGAGAAACGUGAAGAAAUCACACGAAGAAACUCUCUCGGACACCGUUUGUCCACAAAUAGAGUAUAAUAUCAGUACAUCUAUUGAUAUUAAAGAAGAAGUUGAUUCAUACGAAGGGGAUCUCACAGAAUUCGCAUCUCCCUCUAUCAAAGAGGAAUCGUCAUGUGAUGAAGAGCACUUCACAAACACUACCAUUUAUGCACCCACAGAACAUACACAGACAGAAUAUAAAUAUACUUACAUUAAGGAAGAGCCUGUCUCAGGAGUAGAAAGGAAUUAUGAAGACACUGAUGUUUAUUCACCAGCAGAAUAUACACCUAAUCAGAUUAAAAAGGAACCAGCCUCUUGUGAAGAAAAACAUCUCACAGUCACUGACAUUUCUACACUCACAGAACUUACACAGACAGAAUAUACAUCUACUUCUAUUAAACAAGAACCUGUCUCUUUAGGAUAUUCCAUAAACACUAACAUUUCUACACCCACAGAACAUACACAAAUGGAAUACACAUCAAGUCAUAUUAAAGAGGAAUCGGGCUCAAGUGACGAAGAAAGUCUCUCAGACACUGACAUUUCUACACCCACAGAUAAGGAAUAUAUAGAUACAGAAUAUAGAUCUACAACUAUAAAGGAUGAGUCGGCUUCAUGGGAAGAAGAAAAUACAGCAGACAUAGGCAGUUAUACACCCAAUGAGCAUACACAAGACGGAUAUUUAUCUAUUGAAAUUAAGGAGGAACCACGCUCAUGGGGAGAAGGCAAUAUUACAGACACUAACACUUAUCCAACCCGUGAUAGUACAGAGACAGGGGUAUAUAGUACUAACAAUGAAACCAUUUCAAUUAAAAGUAAAACCUUGAAAGAAAUUGAUGCUACUAAAGCAAUGCAACGCAGUGAGGAUAUUAAAUGCAUUAAUAAAACAACUCAUCAUGAAAUUACCCAGAGCACCGCAGGCCUGUAUAAGUGCUCUGAGUGUCAGAAAUGUUUUACAACUAACUUAGAAUUAAGUGAACAUCAGACAGUUCACACAGGAGAGAAACCAUUUUCAUGUUUUGAAUGUGGGAAAUGUUUUUAUUUCAAGUCCAAUCUUGUUGAACAUCAGAGGAUUCACACAAAAGAGAAAAUAUAUUCAUGUUCAAAAUGUGGGAAAUGUUUUGUCCGUUCCUCGUAUUUUGUUAAACACCAGAAGAGUCACACAAGAGAGAAAUUAUAUUCAUGCACAGAAUGUGAGAUGGGUUUUACUCAAUCCUCAGAUCUUGUUAAACAUCAAAAAAUUCACACAGGAGGGAAACCAUUUUCUUGCUCCGAAUGUGGGAAAUGUUUUACUGAUAAAUCAAAUCUUUUUACACAUCAGAGGAUUCACACAGGGAAGAAACCAUUCUCAUGUCCUGUGUGUGGAAAAUGUUUUACAUAUUCUUCAUAUCUCGCUAACCACCAGAAGAUUCACACAGGUGAGAAACCAUUUUCUUGCUCUGAAUGUGGAAAAUGUUUUACACGUUCCUCCUAUCUUGUUACACACCAGCGGACUCACACUGGAGAGAAACCCUUCUCUUGCUCUGAUUGUGGGAAAUGUUUUACAGUUAAAUCAAAUCUUGUUACCCAUCAAAGGCUCCACACAGGGGAGAGACCAUUCUCAUGUUCUGAAUGUGGGAAAGCAUAUACUUGCAAGGCAAGCCUUAUUGGACAUCAGAGGAUGCACAUAGGAAGAAAAACGUCCUCAUGUUCUUAACAUGGAAAAUAUUU